AUGUCACGAUCAAAGAACGCUGCCAAGAGAAAGCGCGACGCAAAGCCGGCCGCAUUGAAUGCGAAGCGACCCAAGCCGACCGGAGCGCCUCCAUGUCCGGACUUGACUGACGGAGCUGAACGGAUCGAACCGAAGAGCCUCAGUGCCGUCGUGUCGGAGGAAGAGGUGGACAUCACUGUCGAUACGCUGCGCAGUCUGGCAGAGUAUCCUAGUGUAAUCAAAUCGAAGGGAUGUAGGGAGUUGCGCUCCGCCGUCUACGACUUUAGGCAGGCGUGCACGACGGGCAUGGUUACGAGUACCGAUGCGAAUCUCACGGCCAGAGUCUCAGCGGCAUUGGUCGAUGGCAAAUACAUCGACGCCCUCGUUCUCCUUGCUGAGAUGCGACUACGAAACGAAACCCCGAAGUUGGGAGCGCUCUGCCGCUGGGUGCGAGAUCUGGACUGUACGAGUGGGCUUUCGCAAGUCGAUAACACCCCAGGAUCCAAGAGUCGACCUGAGCUGCUGAGGGUGAUGGACGCAAUAUUGAGAGUGACAGGCUCAGUGGAUCUACGAUCUGGAUAUUUAGCAUCACAAACACCAUCGGAUCCUAUUGCGCUUCAGAAGCCCUGGGAUCUACGAGAUGAGGGGACUCCGUUCCCUAUGAGGGCAAGCGUGUUGGACGGGACCCUGUUCGAGUCUUGCCCGCCAGGUGUCAAGGAGAAGUUCACAGCUAUCGAAACGAUACCGGGGCCGGAACGAAAGCCACCAAAUCUGCAUCCUGCUAUUCUGUACCUUAGCGACAACAAUGCGGUGCCCCUUUCGCCAACUCCACCUCCAAUUACGCACCACCAGCAUCCCCUCGUACCAGAUCUCUCAAUCAUGAAGGGUGUCUUGACACCCGAAGAGUGCAAGUCCAUCAUUGCAUCAACAGAAACGGUCGGAUAUCUCCCCGACUCCCCCCUCCGAGAUGACGGUUCAGAGUCCAGUAUCCUAGCACACAAUGUCUACUGGGUAGUAGACGAGGCUUUCCAUGAUGUGCUUUGGGACCGGGUGCGUCAUUUCAUCCCAUCGCACCUCGAGGGCAGAAAAGCACGCAGCAUCAACCGCCGGUUCCGGGUCUACCGUUACAUCCCAGGUGCUGAAUACCGCGUGCAUUUUGACGGCGCUUGGCCCCCAUCGGGGAUUCACCCUACCAUGGGCAAGUACCUCUACGAUGCUUCGCCGGCUGAUGCGAAGCAGUCGAGUCUUCUCACUUUCCUCGUUUACCUGAACGAUGACUUUGAGGGCGGAGAGACAACGUUCUUUACUCCAAGCGUUAGGGAAGGUGUCAUGAAUGCGCAUCCGGUGAAGCCUGUCAUGGGCUCCAUCGCCCUGUUUUCGCAUGGGGAGACUAAGGCAUUAUUGCAUGAGGGCACCGGGGUCAGAAAAGGGGCGAAGUAUAUCAUUAGGACUGAUGUUGAAUAUGAUGUUGAGGCUGGGCGCGACUAA